AUGACGCCGCGGAAAAAACAUGGCAUAAUUUCAUCACAGUGUUUCAUAAAUUCAAAUAAUGAGAAAAGUGCUAGCACAGGAAGUGUUGCAAAUGCUCAAGAAUCUUCUUCACUAGGUAGAAAGGAGGUAAAGCGUGGAGGGAGGGAUUCAAGUGAUGCAACUAUGACUGCGGCCUUCCCAAAAGCACAUGGGGUCGAGAAUGCGUCACGAUGCUCAGGCUUAGAAAACACCGGCAACACGACCUCACCUCAUUUCCAUAAAUCUGUUACACCGCCGAACACUGAUUGCGCAAAAGCGCAUCUGCUUAGAUAA